AUCGCAUCUUCUUCUUCUUCUUCGCAUUUUAAAGAGGAGAACACUUCCACUCGACAACCAACGAGUCUAUUCGAAAAUUUACAAAAACUCGCCGACAUGCCGGUUAAUACUGAGACUCGAUUGAAACGGAAAAGACCAAAUCUUGGCAAUUUCACCCAUGAUGUUAGAACUUAUCCAGAUAUUUCGCCUCCAACUCCAACGAAUUCACAUAUUCGUUGCUGGGCACAAUUUUCGAUUGCACAACAGCUUCCAUGCGCAGUUCCAUCUUUUCCAACUUCUCUUUUUCCAUUACCCAUCAUGAAUGAUGAGCCAAUGACAGAUGACGAACUUGUGAAAAUGAAAGGGCCAUCCCGACUAAUUGGUUUUCUGGUUCAUCUAGCUAUGAAUGAAAGAGCCAGGAAAGCCUUAAGAUGGACUGGAAACGGUCUAGAGUUUGUUCUUGUCAAUAAAGAACUGGUUGCAAAGAUGUGGGGCAACCGGAAACAUAACACCAAAGAUAUGGAUUAUUAUAAAUUGUCAAGAGCGAUUCGGGAGAAAUAUGAGAAAAAAGAUAAGGCUGACAAGAAUAUUAAACCAGGAAAGCUGAAAAAGGGAACACGAACCUACUCAUAUGUUUUUACGGAACAUGCAUAUCCUGAUCUCAUGAAUCAAACAGAGAAAGAUAUCAAUUUCAUUACAAGAUUUGCAGCCGACAUCGGGCAAAAAUAUAGUGACAAUAGUGAUUUGAACAAUGUAAAUUCACCGAAAUCGCCAAGUCCACAAAAUAGUGAUUAACUAGUUUUUGGAGUUCAACAAAUAUUUUGUAAUUAUUGUCAUAGAAUCGAAGCACUGUUCUUUUUUGUCAAUGUCUUUAUUCAUUUUUCUUAUUUAAAAAAUCUUAUGUUCUCUUUUCUUGUUUCUCGUUUCUUUGUUUCUCUGUUUCAAGUUCAAAUCUUUUCCAUUCUACUUCCUUUGUAAAUUUGUGAGUUUAUUCGCAACAUCAUUUUUAAAAUUCAUGAGUCAUUAUGAUAAGAUGACGAUGUUAUUGUAACGAGUAUAAAUUC